AUGAACAGAGGUAGAAAUAGACAAAGCAGAGCAGUCUGGAAGAACCAGGAUGGUCGAGCCAACAAUCCUUACGCUGCCAAUAACAACUUGGCUCGCACAGAAACGAAUCGAAGUUACCUCACAAUGUCGGGGCAAGAUGGCGCCAAUCAGAGAGGAGCAACUGGACCUAGCUCCAACCUGUUGCAAGUGCCGAAUCCAUAUGGCGACAUGCAUAACGCCAAUGGGAACCAAAAACAAAAUAGGCGAUACAGUAUCCAUUACGCAGCCCAUCAGCAGCAUCGUCGUUCUUUUUCACAAACGGGUGCUGCCGUUGCUGCUGCUGCAACCGGCACCGGAUCAGGGUUUGGCUCAUCAGGAGCUCCACAAUUACCAGGAUUACCUACGGCACCCAAUGCUUUACGCGGUGAUGAUAGACCAACAACCAUUGAGCAAAAAAUUUCCAAGGAAUUGGGAAACGGUUCAGCAGCUGAAGUUGACGAUUAUUACAAGACAUUGAAGAAACAAAACCAAAUAAUUACUAGAGACAUCAAGGAAAAUAUUAACCAAAAUCAAAAGAAUAUUUUAGAGUUGACCAAAGAUUUAAAAGAAACGCAAGAGGAGUUGGUAAAUAUGAGAGUCACUGCUAAGGAUUUGUUUGAAGUUCUUGAUGAUUUCAAAGAUGCUGCUGAGCGUCGACUAAAAUUGGAGUUUGACGCACCUCAACAACUGCAACAGCAGCAACAACUGCCACAUCUGCCUACAAAGCAACUGUCCUUACGUCCAACGACUAACCAAAAAGAUCGAUCAUCAAUACUUGUACUUGAGAAAAUGUGGGCUAAAGAAAUCCAAUCAUUAUUCAAACAUGUCGAUGGAGCAUCUAAAUUUAUUCAACCAAUACCGGGUAGACAUGUUUUGGCAGAAAGUGGUAGAUGGCAUGAAGUCAAUGUGGGUACAUGGAAACCAAGUAAUGCUGGGCAUUUAUUCAUUUUGAAUGAUUUGAUCUUGAUCGCCACAAGAAAGCCACUAGGUGGUGGCAGUGGAGGCGGUGUUCAUUCCAGUGACAAGUCUAGUGCUGAAGGUAAAGGAAGUAAGUUGCAAGCUAUACAAUGUUUGCCAAUAAUUCAAGUAUCAUUGAGUCAAGUCAAGCCACCGAAAAGUGACAAUUCGUUGUAUUUUAUCAACAUCAAGACCAAGUCUCUCAGUUAUGUUUACUCCACUGAUAGGUAUGAUCACUUGGUCAAGAUUGUUGAUGCAUUCAACAAGGGUAAGAAUGAGGUUGUUCAUGCGAAAAGGUUAGAAAAUGGAGCCAAGAAUAUAGAUCAAAAUGGUGAUGAGUCCAAAGAGGAGAAACGUCAAUUGCGUGAAUCAUUGAGACAUUCAGGUUCUUAUAAUGACGGACAGGGAGUUGUCGAUGACCAAAGUAAGCGUCUCAGUGGACCUGGUGGUAUUGCCAGUCCUACUCGUACAUCAAAUUCCCACAAACGAUCAUCAUCUGAUUUUGUGUUGGAUGAUAUUAGUGCUAGAGUACAUUCGAGGAAUCGAUCGCAAGAUAUGGGUCAAACUAUGAAAGUGGCGAACAGUAGUGGGAAAUCGCUGAUAUUUAUUGAAAUCAAACGUGUUGAAGACAAAUUAGAUGAUGUUGAUGUACACAUAUCUCAAAAUGAAUACGUUGGAGCUGUAGAGCUAUUGGAUCAAAUUGAAUCAAAGAUUCGCACAAUUGAAAACAAGUUGAAUAAACAAAAAGUUCAAUCAGGUGGUGCUGAUAUGGGUGAUGAGGCAUUAUUGCUCGAUGUCUCAAAAUUAAAAAUAUCCAAUAGAAAACAAGAUUUGAUUAAAAAUUUGUUAUUCGACUUACAAAAUAACAUAUCACGAUUCCCGUCACGAGCCAUUGGUGAUUUACUCCAUUUGUUUGAUAAUUUGAAUGAACUACAAACUGGUAUUCAAGCAUACUUGAACUCAACCUCGCUUUACCUCUCAACAAUGGUUUCGAAAUUGAUUGUUGGACUACAAGGAAGUACCAAAGUUGAUGUUGUCAACUAUUUAUCCAAUUUAGUAGUGGUUAAUGUUGCCAUUGUCAAACGAACAGUUGGGACAUACAAUACCGAAGUCAAAGCCAUUAUUGAACAAAGUCCCAAUAGUAACAAUGUUGAUUCAUCGGGGUUGGUGGAUUGGUGUGCUGAAGAAUUUAGUAAAUUGUUCAAACAAAUAAAAAGACAUCUUUAUGGCACCUUGUUGAUUGUUGAUAAUGGAGGACAAUUGGAACAAGAGGAUGAAUUGGGAGUUAGUCAUACGCAGUAUCGAAUAAAAGAUGAGAAUUUAUAUGCUCAGUUUGCUGAUGUUUUGGAAAAUCAAUUGAAUGAAUUGAAAACUGUGGGGAUCAAUGUUGAUUUCAUUUUCGACUCCAUAUUAAAUAUCAAGCAAACAACUACUUUAUAG